UAUAGUUUUUUCCCACUCUCUCGUUACUCUCUCUACCUCGUCAUCUACCUCUAUCCUUGCAGCACCUUUUUCUUUCCUCUUCUCAGGCCAAUUCUCGAGCUUCCCAUUUCUCCUUAUCCAUUCAUUAUUAAGCUCUUUUGCAGACUCGGGUUGUUAUGUUUACAUCAUUUAUCUCCAUAUUUUACAUGAUUCACCCUCUGUAGUAAUUCCAAGUUGCAUAUCGCUUGGCCUCUUUCUUUCCCACAUCCAAGUUAGUCUACCGAAAAACUUUAUCAAUUUUCUGUAGUAUUAGUUUGCUCCAGUAAUAUUAAGGACCCUAAAUGUCCCUUGUAAUAUCAUCAUCCUCAGUAACUUUUCCCUCACGAUUUAAUCUAUUCAAAGCAUGUAAUGAGAAAUUCCGGAAACCUGCUUUAUCAAUUCCGUGUUCUUUUGUUGUUCACUGCAAAUUACCUUGGAGUGUGACCCUAAAUAGCCAAAAUAAUUUCAGAAGCAAAUCACUGAACGUUUUGAAGCCUGUCAGAGAUUCCAUCAACCAAAAUAGUGAGUAUUUCACUGAGGAAAACACAAUAACUAUUGAUUGGGAAGAUCAAGAAGAUAUUGAAGACAUAGGAUCACCGUGGGAAGGAGCGGUUAUAUACAGGAGAAACCCUUCUAUUACCCAUUUGGAAUAUUGCACAACCUUAGAGAGGCUUGGAUUAGGAAAACUGUCAAGUGAUAUCUCAAAAACUAGGGCUUCGGUUAUGGGGUUGCGGGUCACAAGAGCUGUGAAAGAUUAUCCAAAUGGAACCCCUGUUCAGAUCUCCAUAGAUGUGACGAGGAAGAAGCAAAAGAUGAGGCUUGAUGGGAUCAUUAAAACUGUCAUCACUCUCGGUUGCAAUAGGUGUGGUGAGCCUGCUGCUGAGGGCAUAUUCUCCAACUUCUCACUUCUGCUAAGCGAAGAGCCCAUUGAAGAACCUGAAAUUAUUGACAUAGGUGCAACCUUUGAGGAAGGGUUUAAAUCCUUUUAUGGAAGUAACCCAGAGGUGGGGGAAGAUGAUGAUGAUGCUUCAAUCGAUUGGGAUGAUCGGCUUUAUUUUCCUCCUGAAGAAAAAGAAAUUGAUAUUUCGAAGCACAUAAGAGACAUGGUGCAUUUGGAAAUUACGAUUAAUGCAGUUUGUGAUUCAAGAUGCAAGGGUAUAUGUCUUAAAUGUGGCACAAAUUUGAACACUAGUAGUUGUAACUGUAGCGAAGAGGUAAAAGAGAAAGGUUAUGGCCCGCUUGGAAAUUUAGGGAAACAAAUUCAGCAAAAAUUAUCCUAGUUGGUGUAAUGCAGACUCCCUUUGGAACAGCAUUUUUGUGCACCGUUUCUUUUUCUUUCUUCUUUAUGUUCAAUGUGAUUCUCACCAGUCAUGUAGAACCAUAAGAACUUAGAAAGCUUUUUGUAUCAGUACUUUUACCACUUGAAAAAUGUUUUAUAACCUAAACCUGAGGAUGGUACAA